AUGAAGCAGGACCUCAUUCCCUACCCAGAGAAAGCAGUCCACUGGUUUCCUGCAGAGAAUCAUGGCCUCAGAAGAUAUGGAGGGCUGAUCCGCAUCCCCAACGCUUCACAGUCGGCUGCAAACCCGUCCAGUGAGUGCUGCAGGUCACAGGCUGAUGAUAAAAGGCCCAACAAGUGUUCCAAGAUGGCUCGUCCUCGCCUGCCCUCUGCCAUCCUUCUGGCAAUCGGUGGCUGGAGCGGAUCCAACCCGACCAAGUGCAUAGAAGCGUACGACAUCCACGCCAACAGUUGGGUAAGCCUUUUGGAUGAUAUGGACCAAGCGCGGGCAUACUGCGGUGCCGCCUUUCUCCACAACGCCAUCUACUGUCUGGGCGGCUUUGACGGCACAGAACACUACAACACCGUCAGCCGCUUUGACCUGAACACUCGUACCCGGCAGGAAGUGGUGCCCAUGCACUUUCGCCGCUGCUAUGUGAGCGUCACAGUGCUUAAUGGAUGCAUCUAUGCAAUAGGAGGCCACGAUGGACGUGUAAGACUAAAGACGGCGGAGUACUACACGCCUGAGACAAACCAGUGGACUCUUAUUGCCAGUAUGCAAGAGCAGAGGAGUGAUGCCAGCUGCACUGCCCUCAAUGACAAGGUUUACAUUUGCGGUGGUUUCAAUGGAAAUGAGUCCCUGCAAACGGCAGAAUACUACAACCCAGAGACCAACAAGUGGACAGCCACGGCUCCGAUGAGUUGCCGCCGCAGCGGCAUUGGAGUAAUUGGGCAUGCUGGCCAUGUGUAUGCAGUUGGAGGCUAUGACGGUGACGACCGCCUGGCCAGCGCCGAGGCCUACAACCCCGAGACGGACACCUGGAUCAUGUUGCCCCCAAUGCAGUGUCCUCGGAGUAACUUUGGCAUUGAAGUCGUGGAAGAUUGUCUCUUUGUGGCUGGCGGCUACAAUGGCAUCUCCACAACCAAUCUGGUGGAGUACUAUGACCUAAAACUUGGCACGUGGUCUGCAGCAAAUUGCAUGGGGCUCUAUCGAAGUGCUCUGAGCUGCUGCGUGAUGUCUGGCUUGCCAAACAUUGCUCAAUAUACUAUGCUUCGUAAUGACCAGCCUUUGCUCUUCUUGGAGGAUGAUUCUCUCAAUAUGGAAGACGAAGUCUAA